CAUGUCAAAAUAUACAGAUACAUUAAACAAGUUUAUAUAUCGCUUGAGAAAUGUUUUUAUUUUAGAGGUGGAAGACGAACUACAAGUGAUGCGACAGCUGAGAUCAGCCUUUCAGAGAGACAGCCGUUUGGAGGAAAAGAAAGAGUUACUUGAACUCGUGUUGCGAUUAGGUAUUCGUGUUGUGACGCCAAUGGGAGAGUCAGCAAGUGAAGUUAUUCAGCGUGUACAUGGGUUUAUACAAUAUGCAGUAAAACACUCGGGAGAGGAUUCUAUCCCACCUACUGUUCACACCUACAAGAAAACUUAUAAAUCAGUCCAGCAGAUACUUGGAAAAAUAUUCGUCUCUCAGGAUACUCAAGUUGAAGUGCUGCAAGACCAGUCAGAUGUGUCCUUCAAAAUAAACUGCAUUUCGUCAAAAGACUUGGAAAAACGUCUUACCAUAUACCAUGGAGUUGAUUUCCAGGAAGCCAUAGCAGAUUUACAAAAGAGUUUAGAGACUGAAGACGAGCGGAAAAGGAAAUAUGAUGUUGAGACAUGUUGUUCCUCUCAAAAUUUGAAAAAUAUCACAAAACAGCUAUCUGACCAUGGUGUAUUGAAUGGUUCAUGUACUGACUUUAGAUGUGAGAGGCAUGACGGUACACAGUGUUCAUGGUAUUGCGGAGAACAUGAAAUGUUUUUUUGCAAGUCGUGUAAGGAAACCAACCAUAGGUCGUGCUUUGGACUUAAUAAACUCGGGGACGGAGAAGGGCAAGGAAAACUAGAAUUGAAAUCUAAAGAAUAUAAAUGUCCACAACCGAAUUUUAAAAUUUCCUUUAUCUGCACGGUGCCGAAUGGUGAGGUUCUCUUUGGUAGCAGGCAUUGCACAGAUCUUCUGAAACUUGACAGUUCGUACGAUGUAAUCAGUCGUUGUGUUCUUCCCUCCAUUCCAUCCGGCGUGUGUUAUAUAGGCAACGGUAGAGCUGCUGCGGUUUGUGGAAACAAACUUGUGUUUCUAGAUGUUACAUCUAAUGAGGUAUCGCAUGAGGCAUUACUUUCCUGCUUUGAUAUGAAGAGCAUAGCAUGUCAUGGUGAUAUGAUUUAUAUAUGUGAUAGAGCGUCUCUGUAUACCUGUAACACAAAUGGCACACAUCUACGAACUGUCUACUCUGUGAAAGAGAAAACGUCUAUCUUCAAGACAAAGAAGCAUAUUAUUAAUCUUGGAAACAAUUUUGAAAGCAUUGCAGUAAGUGAUAAUGGAGAGACUAUUUACAUAAUAGAUCAAUCAAAACUGCGUAUAAUUCAUAGCAAUGGUGAUCUUCUGUCUACUAAGGAAAUCGUACCAGCUCCUUCCGGUAUCUGUUGUCUUGGAAAUGAUUUAAUUGUUGUUUGUAACCGGCCUCAUGUUUUGAAACAACUUGAUUUCAAAGGCGACGAAGUUAAAACGCAUACACUCAAGGACGUUACUUUUAUAUUUACCUUGUCGUCAUUUAGUUAUGAUAAAAAACGCUCUAAGCUUAUUGUUGGCAGCGAAGAUGGUUACCUUUUUACGUAUGACAUAGUGUACAGAGUGUAAGGUAGAAUACGAUUCAGAAUCUUAUUAACUACAAUGUAUACUGAAAACAUAUGUAACCAAUAGAAUAUUGCUCUGCAUGGUAUGUGAUAGCAGUGCAUUUAAAGGGACUCCCUUAAAAAGAAACCUUAAUCAAAAACAUUGAUAAUUCAUUGUAUCAUAAAAAUGCGUUAAACGAAAUUUACCAAACCAGUUAAUUCCGCGAACAAUAUUUUGAAUUACUUUUCGAUGACACUAAAUUUGGAGAAAGACAUUUUGAAAAAGUAUUAUGACUUAAGGCUAUCAUAAUAAUGUAAAUUAAAUUCACUUCAUAAAAUGUACUAUUUUUGAUGAUAAGAUGAUAUAAAAGUAUUUCUGAUGCAUUAGCAAGUAAAUUAAUUUCAUUGUUGCAUGAUGUUGUUAUAACUUAUUGUCUAAUUCUAUUGUAUAUGUUAAGAUAUGUACUUAAAUCUACCUGCUGUGUGUAUUUAUGCAUCGAAAAAUAAAAUGCAUACACAGUUGAGAGAUAAUAUGAAUUAAUUGUGUACAUAUUUCAUAAACAGUAUGUAAAAACCUACACGUCAAACAAGUGGCGUUUUCAUUUACUUAAAGCGCGAUGUACACGUGAUCCUCUGGCACAAGCAAAGAAAAAAAGCAUACUACACGAUUGUGUUUUUGCUUUUAUGUAUCAACAAAAGGAAGCACAUUUAGAAAUUAAACAGUUUUAAGU